AUGGACGAGAGCCUUCUGUUCGGCAUGGCGAAGAAGCACGCCAACUUGUACCAGCAUGACGACCCAUGGGACCUCCCACCAUACUUCCUCCUGAGAAAGAACAACUGGAAGAGCCUGCGGACACAUUCUGGGUACUGGAAAGAGAAAGAAGGAGAGCUCACCGCCAUCCGUUCGGCUGGAGAGUCGUCGUCCUCCUCCUCCUCCGCCUCACCGUCCUACGUCGGGGUUAGGAAGACCCUAGAGUUUUACCUCAAGGACGGCACGAGGGGCGGAGAGGGCACCAAGACGGAUUGGAUCAUCCACGAGUACCACCACCUCCGCGAGGACGACGACGGAGAAGCCUUGUUUCUCCAGGAGGAUGUGGUGUUUCGUAAGGUAUUCAAGAAAUGCAAAAACAGAACAGAUCACGCCUCCUCUCUUUACCGCCAGGUAGAGUCAUGCGUGAAAGCUUUGAUUCGAAUGUCUCGAACGUCGGAGUGGCUGCAUGAAGAUUUAGGAGUGCACUGCGGUCCCCAUGGGAAAUCAGAUAAUGUUUGGAAGCACUUCACCAAGAUUCGUAGUGCCAACGAGGUGUACGCAGCGUGCCACCGCUGUGAUAAAGUGCUGAAGGCUCAUCCCAAGAAACAUGGCACGUCUCACCUCAAAAGGCACAUUCUCACAUGCUCAUCAACCUGCACUAAUCCUUCCACUGACGAGGACCGUGAAAUGCUGCACCUUCUCCGCACAGCGCUCGACAAUCCCUACGAGCAACAGAAGAUAGACGUGAAGCUCGACUGUCAAGAGGAUCUCACCCAGCUGGACCCUUGGGAUCUGAAUCUCACCUGCCCCACCCCCUGGUACGUCACGAGGUCGUCGAACCGGCAGACGCAAGGGGGGCACUGGAAGGAGAUAAACAAGGAGUUCACUGCCAUCCGGAUGGAUCAGAAGGGGUGCUGGAAGCACAUUGACAAGGAGAUCGCCGCGAUCCAAAUGGUGCCGGUGCCGCAGUACAUGGGGCUGAGGAGGACCCUGGAGUUUCACCAUCAGGACGGCAGGAAGAUGAACUGGAUCAUGCUGGAAUACCAACAGCUGGAUGAUAUCCAAUCCCCUGCCCUGUUUCUUCAGGGGGACACGGUGAUUCGCAAGGUAUUCCGCUAUGACAAAGAUGCGGUCUCAUCUGCUUUCAUUGAGUUGGACAGGUGGUUAAAUGGAGAUGAUGAUGAUGAUGAGGGGCACUCCAAUGGUGAGGGCGUGAACACUGACACUACCACGCCCAGUGAUUACAUGGACACUCCCUGCUCUGUUUUCACAUUAGGUGAAGGCACGAACACUGAAACUGCCACGUCCAGUAGUGAUUACAUGGACACUCCCAUUGAUAGGAAGCGCAAGAGGACUGGUGCUGCUUCCUGCCGCAAAUCAGAAGUUUGGAUGCACUUCACCAAGAUUCACGACACAGAUUGUGCAGUGGUGUACGUAGUGUGCCACUCCUGUGACAGGGGGUACGGUAGCGGUCGCUCUACGAAUGGCACCUCUCACCUGUGGAGGCACAACAAGAGCUGCACAAGCAAGCGCCGUAGGACAGGAAACGCGAAUGACGCCACCACUGAAUGGGAAGCAGAAAUCUGGCCACUGUUCCUGCUCUUGAAGAACUAUGGAGGUUGUGACUUGUCACUUGUGUUCGUUUCUACUCAAGCACAGCCCUUCAGUUUGUUUUCUAUGUUUGUCUCUAUUAUACAUACUACUAACACUUGUUCUCUGUUUCAGAAACAGAGCAGCAGGGAUGUGCUCAAGCUAGGAGCCAAGGAGAUGGGCCUGCCUGCUGAUGAUUGUUAG